CUCACUCUCUCCACUGAACACGUUCGCAAUACUAUUAUCACCAACGAGCACGGUCAAAUUAUUUACAAGACAGAAACUCCGUUCAAACUAGUUGGCGUCCGUACUACGACCAUUCAGAAAAUCAAGCCAAAUGACGACCAGUAUCAUAUGCACGACCAGUUCGCUAUCUUGGGAGAGAUCGAGUGGCACAAAUUUGCUUCCUCAAAGUUUCGUUCUGGUGGAACUCAAGUAGGGACGAAGGAGUUCAUCCCAAAGAGAGGCCUAUGGGGUCGGGAGCGCGUGUUCAUAGGACCAGAUAGCCGUCCCUAUCGCUGGGACCUCAAGUCUAGAGUGGUAGUUCUCUCACGGGAUGACGCGUCUCGAACGGAGGUCGCCCGCUUUCACAGAGCGACUCUCGGAAUUGUAGGAAGGAAACGUAAAGCUAUGCUGGAAGUAUCACCUGAAGUGACUCAUAUGAUGGAUACCGUCAUCAUGACGUUCAUCUACGUUGAGAAACUCAGAAUGGACAAAGAAAAUGCCUCGAGA